AUGGCUUCGUCUAAGUUUCUUCCUCACGAGGGCAAGCAUCGCAAAAUUCGAGUCGCCAUCAUUGGCGCAGGAAUCUCUGGACUUGCCGUCGCCAACGGCUUGCUGAAGGACCCAGCUGGGAGAUUUAAUGUCCAGGUCUUCGAACGCGACACAAUUGCAUUCAACUCAGAGCGUGGCGGGUAUCAGCUUCGCAUCAGCGCCAAUGGCCUUAACGCUCUGAAGACAGUCUCCGACCUUGAGCUCUGGUCAUCGAUCCGCGAGGUUUGGGCCGGUGAUCAGGCGGAAGCGCCCAUCAUUGUUGAUCCGGAUACUUUCGCGGUUCGUCUGCGCCUCGGCGAUCUCAAGUUGUAUCCCAAGAGUCAAGCCAUACCUAGAAAGGGACUGCGUGGUGCUCUUCUACAGCCAUUACUAGUCCAAGGGCGGGUUCACUUUGACCACACCUUCGCACGCUUUGAGCUGAUGCCGGGUGAGCGAUGCGGCGUGCAGCUUCACUUCGAUGGCCAGGCUUCACAGGAGGCCGACAUUCUUAUCGCAUCAGACGGCAGCAACAGCCAGGUCAACCGACAGGUUGGCCUUAACAACAAGAUCAAGCUAGACAGCAUGACUUUGAUCCAGUCUCGCGGCAUCAUUUCACGAUCUGUACGAGAUGAGCUGCCCGAGUCGCUCGUCGAAUCUGGCUCGGUAAUGUUCCUGGGCGGCAAAGAUGUUGCUGGAUUUGCAUCCGUCUAUGACCCCCAGAAGGACCUAAGUACCAGCGGCACAGAGUCAUACACCUUGUUCUGGUCGGUCGGUAUACCGAGAGCCCGGGGAGACGAUCUGAUAGCGAAGGCCGGCUCGAACCCUCAGAAGAUCAUUCCUCACCUUAUAGAUUACUUCCGAAACGACCUUGGCUAUGGCAAACCUUUAGAACUCAUCAUGCGAUCAGCGACUGAGGCUGUCCGGACAGGCCUUGUGACCAGCUCCGUCAAGCCGAAGACGGAUUGGCGAAACGGUAUUGACAAGAAUUCGCGAGUGGUUCUCCUCGGCGACGCCGUGCACCCCAUGACGCCUGGCCGAGGCAUGGGUGCAAACCAGGCGCUGACUGACGCCGCCAAUCUUGUCGAACUUUUCCACCAAGCAACAUUUGAGCAGGACGUGCCGUCUGAUGGGGAACUUGCCGCUUUAGCGCGCACAUUCGACGCAGAGAUGUACACGCGCGCGUUCAAGAUGGUGAAGGCCAGUGAGACCGUAACUUUGCUGGAUUUGACGACGUUAUCGGGCAAGGUGAUGAUUACUUUUGUCGGGAUGGCUAUGACCGCGAUGGGAUGGUUUGUUUCUGCCUUAGAGACUAUCGGUUUGAAAGCCGAAGUGAAGGUAGACUAUGUAUCGCAUGAGAAGUAG